CCCCCCCCCCUUCCGCCGCCACCACCCCCCGGGAGGGUCACUGCUUCACCAGUCAACGUGGAUUCGCUCCUGCAGACAUGGUCGUCCUUUUCUUCGCCACAUCCCCAUUCUCGUAAAAUAUACGACCCCGGUUGGAGCUUACGGCCGCGGCGUCUGGUCAUCACCACACCUCAUCUCCCCUUGGUCACAGGCCGUUGCCCGUGAGAAUCAAAUGUGGUCGUCCGCUUGUCAUCUAUGCUUCGCACGCCCCACGUUGUUGGCGGCACUGUUUCAAGCAACAUGAACAACGACCCUUCGUCUGAGCCUUAUGACUGGAGCUUAACCCCUUCGUCUGCUCAUCCUGGUACUUCUGUCCAUUCUACCAUGACCCCGACGCAGCCUCGAGUCUAUCCGGCUCAAGAUCUACCAUCCCCAACCCACCAAGCCACACCCAUGGCUCGUGCAUACCACAUCACUGCGCCUGAGAGCUCUCCCAGCUCUCCAGGGGACUAUCGCCCGCGGGCCUUGCCCAGUCCACAUCGUUUCAACACCAAUCUGCCCGACAAACGUCCGCGUCUGCUCAGCACCGCUGACAACCGCACGGUUGAAACAGGCGAUGAACUCGAAUCAACCGCGGACCGAAAUGUGUGUCUUUGGUCUGGGAAUCUGCUGGAUCUCCGUGAUCUAAUCUUGGUGUGUAGGACCUCGGCCGAUACUCGCAACGACGUCAGAGCCCCCAAUCUCAGGAAGUGUUCCCCAUCCUGGGUGGCGUGUCCGAGAGUGUGAACGCCUCGUGCCUGGAGUGUUCCGGCUCAAGACAUCUGAUCCAGGACAUGGUCCAAGGGUUUAUUGAUCUCCGAUCCGAGAUUUUUUUGGCCUUGUCACUGACCCCAGGUCUCUUUCCGGUCAAAAGCAGCGAGCUCAGCAAACUAGACCUGAAACAAUCUCUUGCAUGGACUAUUCAAGAGAUACAUGAUACUCUUCGCCUCGUCAGGGGAAAUACGCAUACCCAUACAGCCACCAAACCGGAGUUACCCCCGCUAGCCGAUGUUGUCGCUUCGCCAUUCGCGUCCGACAAUCAAGCCGUGUCACCUCAUAUAUACGGGCCCACCGUUCCACGUGCUAUAAGUGAUCUGCGAAGAAUGUCUCUACAUCAAGAUCCCUCUCGAAUAGAAAAUUUCCAACGUCGAGGACCUGAGCUGCCUCUCGAUCCAACUCCACGCCCUCUUGAUCUUUCUCUUCCUUCCCUGAUGCCAGCCGACGACAUGCGGCGAAGUCAACAUCCCGACCAGAUCACUUCAGGUCGUGGCCAAUCACCAUAUCCGUCUUCCGCAAGUUCCAUGUUUGGGUCAGCCCAGUCUCCCAUGCCAUCGCAGCCGUCCAGUCGAACCUUGCCCUCUCCUCCGGGACAACAUUUUGCAGCAGGUAGUGCGAGUGCCGCGGUUCCAUAUUCUCCUACUGCGGCGGCCACCGCCGCCGCCGCUGCUCACAACAGCCAUCUUCAGGAGCUUCAACAUCAGAUCUCUACCAAGUCACUGGCUCUCCAGACUCUCCAGCGCGAGCACGACCAGCUUUUGUCGGCCUUCUCACGGUCACAAAUCCGAUGCACUGCUCUUGAAAAGAAAUCACGUGUAUCAGACCACGAAAUAAACACGCUGACCGAAGACAAACUCCGACUGCAACAGCAGGUGGAGGAGUUGGAGAGCCAGGUCAAUGACCUGAUGAAGUCACGUGACGAAGUACAUCAACAGUCGACCGCCGAUGGGGCACAAUGGAGGCAGAUCAUGGCCAUGUCAUCGCAGCUACAGAUGAAGGGGGCGGAUGAGGCGCGCCGGUUCAAACAAGAAAAGGACGCGUGGCAACGAGAUCGUGAUUUGUUGCAGAAGAGGAUAGAGGAGCUCGAGUCUGGUAAAGUGAACCUGCCGGAGGCAAACCCAGUAUCCGGUUCCACCACCCCUGUGGCAAGCAGUUCCAUUCUGACUUCGGAUUCUGUCGAGGCUCUCAGAGCGGAGAUAGUCAGAUUACGGGUCCGGUGUGUGGGCCUGGAGCGAAGUAUGCAAGACUUGGUCAGCGAGGCCGACCAGCUUGACAGUGCCAUCACGGCCGUCUCGAAUUUUCGACAGCACCUGACGGAAAGAAGCCGGACCGAUGAUCAAGAGUGAGGUCCAGGCAGCCCCCGGCAGAGAGGACCAAGGCCCGGUAGGCAUACAACGUGAGCUUUGCAUUCUGGCAUGGGGCGCAGUCCACCGGUGUCAAUAACUAUGUGGAAUCACUUGCCAUCAAGCUACAUCCGCCAACGAUGGAAAUUGCUGGGCGAGAGCGCGUGGCAAGAGCACGGUAAUUCUCUCAUGCCGGGGCUUGGGAUCUGCAUCAGUUGUUAGUCUGGAUCCUUUGUCGCCUGCAAGAUUAUGCCAGGUCUGGCUAUGGUGAGGGCUGGUCUGUGGCAAAUGGAGGCUUGCAAGACCUGGCGGAGUCGUUACUUGAAACGUUGUCGUAGUCUGGUCUAGGAUGAAAUGAUGACCAUAUACAGCCUUGACCGGAGAGCUAGCGUGUCAAGCAGGGCUUACUGGUGACGGCAGCACAUAAGGUGGGAUGUCUAGUCAGAGUGAGGUCUUUUGGCGAUGACUAAGUAUUGAGCAAUACCAGAGGCAAAGUCCCGUCGGGUCCUGCUCGAAGACCGAAUACCGACCAACUGCUCAGCAAAAACGCAAUCAAUUCCGCUGUUGCCUCUCGCCUCUCCCAGGGGUCGAAAGACGUUGCGGGGUGUCCCCUGUUCGAAGGAUACUUUUGUUGUAUUUUGAGUACAUCCCCGAUGAGAAGAGUACAUGGAUGAGAGAGAUAGAGGUGGUAUUGUGAUGCUGAGUCAUAACCACAUGCAUUAUAUCAGAUCCACCUGCAAACCUUUGGAACUAGUGACGCGGUAUGCGCCACCUUCCUUCGAAGCGAACCGCGGAUCAUUCAAUUAUCCGACUGCAGACGCAUGCUUAAAAAGAGGUAAGUACUACUCCGUAGGUACCUACUGUAAGGUUCAGUUGAGUUACAGUCACGGGGUUUCUCGGUCUUUCUGCAUCAUUAUAUGGUGUCAUCCUUCAGUACAUGCUACCUAAUUAUUAGGUAACCAGCACCGUUCUAAGUAGCAAUUGCACCACUUUCCUG